UUCAAUAUCAGUUCAGUUCAAAGCACUAGUGUUGUAUAAGCGUCUUUCGAUUGGCUGAAUAAGUUCAUUUGCUCGUGAACGAUUUAACACUGGUCAAACUUAAAAGUCUUAACUCACACAGACAGGCCUCACUAUUGCUCCCCCAAAAAGCGGAACCAGCGGUAACGGCAGUUUAGUUCCAGACGCCGGCUGCAAAGGUUCACUCUGCUCUCCAGCAAAUAAUUUGGAAAAAACGAAACUUUUAAUAUCAAGACGGCAUUUGUAUUGCCUACGCUUUGCAAAAAUAAAAGUUUUACUCUCUGGUUAACUAACCACCGCAAGCUUUCCAAGUCAUUGCUGCUGCCGAGAACAACAACAAACCAAAUUGUUGUCAAGAUGUCGUACCACAAGCCAGAAGCCAAAACUGUGCAGGAUUUGAAGGACCUUGCGCAUAAGCUGCGUAUUCAUUCCAUAACCUCCACGGACGCCUCAAAAUCUGGUCAUCCAACAUCAUGCAGCUCUUUGGCCGAGAUUAUGUCUGUGCUGUUCUUUCAGCAGAUGCGUUUGAACCUAAAGCAUCCACGUGAUCCCUCCAGCGAUCGCUUGAUCUUGUCCAAGGGACAUGCUGCUCCCAUUCUGUAUGCCGCAUGGGCUGAGGCUGGCCUGUUCCCUGUGGAGGAGCUGAAGAACUUGCGCAAGAUUGACAGCGACUUGGAGGGCCAUCCGACACCGCGUCUGAACUUUAUUGAUGUGGGCACUGGCUCGCUGGGACAGGGUGUGGCCGUUGGCGCUGGCAUGGCCUAUGUGGGCAAGAACUUUGACAAAGCCGACUAUCGCACCUAUGUGGUUGUAGGCGAUGGCGAAUCCGCUGAGGGUUCGGUUUGGGAAUCGCUGCACUUUGCCGGCCACUACGGUCUGGACAAUCUGUGUGUGAUCUUCGAUGUUAACCGCUUGGGACAAUCUGAGGCAACAUCGCUGCAGCACAAAAUGGAUGUCUAUCGCGAUCGUCUGGAGGCCUUUGGCUUCAAUGCGCUCGUCGUCGAUGGUCAUGACAUCGAUGAGCUGUGCAAGGCUUUGCACUGUGCGUCGAGCACGAAGAACAAGCCCACUGCCAUCAUUGCCAAGACCUACAAGGGUAAGGACUUCCCCAACAUUGAGGAUCUCGAUAACUGGCACGGCAAGCCACUUGGCGAUAAGUCCGCAGAGGUGAUCAAGCAUCUGCAGGGUAUGAUUGUCAAUCCGAAUGUCAAGAUGUCGCCUAAGAAGACCUGCAAAUCGGGUGCGGCGCCUGAGGUCGAUAUCACCAAUGUCAAGCUGUGCACACCACCCAAUUACAAAUUGGGAGAUUCUGUAGCCACACGCUUGGCUUACGGUACAGCGCUGGCCAAGAUUGGUGCUGACAACGAUCGUGUUAUUGCCCUGGAUGGUGAUACCAAGAACUCAACCUUCUCCGAUAAGCUGCGUAAUGCUUACCCGGAACGCUACAUUGAAUGCUUCAUUGCUGAGCAGAAUCUGGUGGGCGUAGCCAUUGGCGCUGCCUGCCGUCGUCGCACUGUGGCGUUUGUCUCCACCUUUGCCACCUUCUUUACGCGCGCCUUCGAUCAGAUUCGCAUGGGCGCCAUUUCGCAGACGAAUGUCAACUUUGUAGGCUCCCACUGCGGCUGCAGCAUUGGUGAGGAUGGUCCUUCACAGAUGGGUCUCGAGGACGUUGCCAUGUUCCGCACCAUACCCGGCAGCACUGUCUUCUAUCCCUCGGACGCUGUCAGCUGUGAGCGCGCUGUUGAGCUGGCUGCCAACACCAAGGGCGUUUGCUUUAUUCGCACCUCGCGUCCCAACACUUGUGUCAUCUACAACAAUGAUGAGACCUUCACUGUUGGACGAGGCAAGGUUGUGCGCCAGAAGCCCUCCGACGAGGUGCUGCUGAUUGGCGCUGGCAUAACGCUCUACGAGUGCCUUGCUGCUGCCGAGCAGCUGGAGAAGGAGUGCAUCACGGCACGUGUUAUUGAUCCGUUUACUGUAAAGCCAUUGGAUGUGGAUCUGAUUCUGGAGCAUGGCAAGCAAUGUGGUGGUCGCAUUGUCGUUGUCGAGGAUCACUAUCAGCAAGGCGGUCUGGGUGAGGCUGUGUUGAGCGCUCUGGCUGAGCAUCGCAAUUACUUGGUCAAGCAUUUGUAUGUACCCACUGUACCACGCUCGGGUCCACCCACUGUGCUCAUUGACAUGUUCGGCAUCUCUGCUCGCCACAUUGUUGCUGCCGUCAAUGGCAUCAUUAAGAAGUAAACAAGCAAAUCGUUACUUAAGUCUUGGAAUCUUAACUUGGCACUUGGAACGGUACAUAUUAUGUAUGUUCAUUAAAAAGACAACCUUUAUGCAUUUCCAUUUUCUUUCGAAUUUAAUAAAAAUUCAUUUUUGAUAUC